UUCUUCCGGUUUCUGCACUGUGCAACUAUUUCAGUUAUAUUUUUAAUUAACGAUGCCAAGUACUUGUUGUUGUGUACCUGGAUGUCAUUUAAGAGGAGGACAUGCAUUUCCAAAUGACUUAAAAAGAAGGAAAAGUUGGAUCAACGCCAUGGCCCAUACGCAGAUUGGACGAGAACACGAUGAUAUCGUGGAGUCCAUCUCAAUCAGCUGUUGUUUGCAAGGCACGUUUUACUGAAAAAGACUACGUGCAGGAAACUAUUCAUGGGCGCAAACCCACCAUACAGAGACUUAAGUCUACUGCAAUUCCCAGCCUAUUUUCCUGGACCAAGCAAGAGACUGAAUCGUCCGCAAAAAGAAAAAUCAGGGCAGUUUCCUGUGAAAACAAAAGAACUAAACUUGAUGAAUAUUGUAGUAGAAAUCUAGAGGAAAGUUUUGAUUGUAAAGUUGGUUUUCCUGAAGAAGUCAUUCAUACUGCAGAAAGGAUUUAUGACUGUCCACCACCAACUGCCGAGCUAAUGUUGAGCUUCACAGAUGGAAUUACGCAAACACCAUCAAUGCCUAUGUUUUCAGCAGAGUAUUUUGAAGUGAAGACACUUGACACAGCCAUGCAUUUUUAUACCGGUUUAGAGUUGUAUACUAAAUUUUUAUUUGUUUUGACCACACUUGGUCCAGCAGCACAUUGUUUGAGAUACAUAUAUUUUCAAAUUGAUAGGGUGUCAGUUGAAAAUCAGUUUUUUUAUGACUUUGAUGAAAUUGAGGCAUCAUACAACCAACUUUGAACUGUCUAGAUUCUAGAUUGAAUCUAGUGUUAAGAAUAUUGUGUAUACAUGGAUUGUUUUUAUGUCUAAACAGUGGUGUGAGGCUAACACUUGGCCAUCUAGUGGUUUAGUCAGGUAUUUUUCACCAUCCAACUUCAAAUUAAAGUUUCCUACGACUUGGAUUAUUAUUGACAGCACAGAAUAUCCCGUGAUAAAACCUAAAGCUCCUAGAGCUCAGGCAAUCUUUUCAUCAAAUAAAAACAGAAACACUGAAAAUUCUUGAAUGUUCGACACCUGGUGGUUUAGUCAACUAUGUCUCUAUGUCACAUAGAGCGAAUUAUUGGACUUGGCAAAACAUACAAAAUUCUAAUAAAUCCUAUGAAUGGAACUGAAACAAAACUUUCAUCUGAAAUAACAUUUAGUUGUUUUAUGUUGUGUAAUUUUAGAACUUGUAUUGUGCCAAAGGAUGCAUAAAUAAAAGUGACGCAAUGAAUUUUGUUCUGAUAUAUAUAUAUUUACAAUUACAUGCACAUGUAAAUUGUAAUGCAUAUAAAAAUAAGGAGAUGUGGUAUGAUAUUCAGUGAGUUUAUCAAACUAAAGUGCAUAAGAAAUGGGUUUAAGCAGUUACAGUUGUUACUGUCACCGUACAAUCUCCAA